GAUCAUCUCUGAAGUUAUUGUUAAGUAUAUAUAAUAUUGAAUAGCAAAUUGCUUCAUAGAAGUUGUGAUAAUGGAGGGAGACUUAGAGGGUAAUAAUGGAAUUAAUAAAAUGCCAUUGUUGGAGGGGUGGAAGCUUACCGGAAGUGGAAGGGAGAGCAGCCGGCGUUUCAGCCGGCGCAACUCAUUUAAGUCACUAAGGCAUGAUUUUUUGUUAAGGCUUCCAGAUAAAGUGCUCAAGUCUUGUGUUAUUGACUCUGAAGCUUCAUCCAUCAUUAAUAAUAUCUCAAAAUCCUCUGACUUAACAAAAGGAGAAAAGGAAUACUAUGAAAGACAGUUUCAGACAUUGAAGUCAUUCGAGGAAGUUGAUAUUGCAGUCACGUCUGAUGGAAUUGACGAAGAGGAUCUUGAAGAACAAGCUCAACAUGAGAGAGCAAUGACAAUCUCCAAUUGUGCAAAUAUUAUACUUCUGGCUCUUAAGAUCUAUGCCACAGUGAAGAGUGGCUCCUUAGCUGUCGCUGCAUCUACAUUGGAUUCGUUGCUUGACCUCAUGGCUGGUGGAAUACUAUGGUUCACUCAUCUGUCGAUGAAAAAUAUUAAUGUCUAUAAAUAUCCUAUAGGAAAAUUGAGAGUGCAGCCCGUUGGAAUCAUUGUGUUUGCUGCUAUUAUGGCUACACUUGGCUUUCAGGUGUUGAUCCAGGCCGUGGAACAACUAGUUAAAAAUAAACCUCCUGAAAAGAUGGUUUUGAAUCAGCUUGCAUGGUUAUAUUCAAUCAUGUUAACUGCCACAGUGGUAAAACUUGCCCUGUGGCUUUACUGCAGAAGUUCAGGAAACGACAUUGUUCGUGCAUAUGCAAAGGAUCACUAUUUCGACGUGGUUACUAAUGUAGUGGGAUUGAUAGCAGCUGUACUUGGUGAUAAGUUCUACUGGUCGAUUGAUCCUGUUGGUGCUCUUAUCCUUGCUAUUUACACAAUCACAAAUUGGUCAGGCGCUGUGAUAGAGAAUGCAGUGUCACUAGUGGGACAGUCAGCCCCUCCUGAAGUUUUGCAGAAGUUAACAUAUCUUGCUAUGAGACACUCUCAAGUGAAGCGUGUCGAUACAGUUCGAGCAUACACCUUUGGUGUUCUGUACUUUGUUGAGGUUGAUAUUGAACUCCCGGAAGACUUACCAUUGAAAGAAGCACAUGUUAUCGGAGAGGGUCUACAAAUAAAGCUCGAGAAACUUCCUGAAGUCGAACGUGCAUUUGUUCAUAUUGAUUUUGAAUGUGAACACAAACCAGAGCACUCUGUCCCAAGCAGGAUUCCCAGCAGUGAACCUUAAGUGUGGUUGCAUCAUACCAGAAAUUUUAAAGUAAAAGUAGGAAUAGCCUGAAUUACUUUGAUUGGGAACUCACCUGCUCCACUUAACCUCAACAAAUACUCUUGGUCAUGCUUCUGGGAUUUGCAUAAUAAUUGUGUAUUGUUGUCUCAAACAUUUCUCCCAGAAGAGGAGCCUUAGAGCAACAGUAUAGUUCUGUAGAUUUGAGCCAUGAAAUCUGUCAUCAUGGUAGGCUGCUUACAUUACACCCCCGCUAAGGUACGGUCCUUUUCUGGACCCUACAUUUAACACAUAAUGCUUUAUGCACCAGCUCCCCUUUUCUUUCUCAGGCAUUUCUCCAACCUUCAGACUAUACAACAUAGUGGAUUAUUGAAGAUGUUAAAUAUCCUUUCUAGCUGUUGGAUCUUUUCUCACUUUCAGGAUUAUUUCCUUUAUGGGAUUGUGGGAUCAAAGAACUGUCAUGGGUCAUGAAUAAUACCACUACAUCCAGCAUUCGUUUUUCCUGUGUUAUGGUAUUCUUGAACUGCAAUAACAUUGUAUCCAGUUUAGAUAAAUUUGG